AAACCCACAACUAAUUUACUAAAAAAAUUAUUUAAAAGCCUGUCUUAGCUCAGUCCCAACUAAUAAUUGAAACUCUCGUCAUGGUCCGCGCGAAUUCUAGUACCUUGAUCUUUUUUAUCAUGAAUUAUUUUUCCAGUCACUUACAAUUUAAAAAAACAUAUAAUUAAAAUGUAUAAAGUUACAUUAUUAUUAUUGUUAUCAAUUUUUUUAACCGCGGCUAAAAAUUGUUCAGAAACUUCGUCGUAUAAAUUAUAUCUCACUCCAGAUGAUCCAGAUGGUAAAAAGUUCAUCGAAGACGGCUGGAAAAAAUUAGUUGAGUACAACCGGGUAGAUGGCGCUGUUAAUUACAACCACUCAGGUUUAUUCAAAGCGCAAGUGCGAGUCGAAGACAAUCAAAGGAAGUACACCAUAUUGGCUUAUUACGUUUCGGAGAAUAGAGAUGUUAAAUUUUCUUACUGUUAUUUGUUUGUUUAUCCAAUUAGAGAAAAACCUCUGUUCAUAGAUUGUUAUUCUACGGGCCCAGAUAGGCACAUAGACGCAAAGUUUUAUUCACAGUACAGAAUGUAUAAUUUUCUUGAUAACUGGGAAUUAAUUUAAGAUAUUAAUUAAAUCGUUUUAUGUAAAAUAAAGAACUCGGAAAAAGAAUUAACUAAUUUAUUGUAAAAGUUUGACUUAGGGGGUGUGUAACUUUUUAAGAGUUGGUUUUAGCAAAAAAGUCAUUUAGACAAAAAUUUUUGGCUUCUGUCAAGUGCCUAGAAGAAUAAUCAAGGCUAAAAAUAACGAAUUUUUAGUAAAUAGUAUAAAAAAAAUUUUUUUUGGUACUUAAAAUUGUAAUAAAGUCUUUUUUUAACGGCAUAAAUGUAACAGUUUCAAAAUUGCGAGCUCGGGAGGUUCCGGUGGUUCGUUUGGAACCGGACCAAAUUAGAGGGCUUCUCAUGAGUGCCUAGAAAGAUAAUUAGGGGAAAAAAUAAAAAAUUUUUAAAAUAGUUUUUUUUUUAUGGAAUUUUAAUAGUUUUGAUUUUUUAAGGGCUGUCACUUUUUAAGGGUUGGUUUUAUCAAAAAAGUCAAUCAGCGCUUUUUUAUAGGGGAUUUAAUUUCCUAUCGGAAAUAUUAAUCAAAUUAUUUUUAAAAAAUUUUUUUCACGGUUAAAUUAUUACAAAAGUACUUUUUUAGUGACAUAAAUGUAACAGUUUCAAAAUAUCGAGUUUGGGAGGUUCCAGUGGGUCUUUUUGAACCGGACAAUAAUUUUUGGCUUCUGUCAAGUGCCUAGAGGAAUAUUUAAAGGGGCUCAGGUUAGAGUCGAGAAUGACGAAAGACACUACACAAUACUGGUAGAAUAUCAAAAGCAUGACACAUGGGAAACUACAGGAAUAUUUCGCGAGAUUUUUUAUGCUUACAUAUUUUACGACACGACAAAAGAAGACCCGCUGUUUGUAGAUGGCUUCGAGGGAUAUACAGAAAUAAGUAUUUUUUUUUGACAAAGUUACGCAUUACACGGAUCUAAUAUUUACUAUGUUUUCAGAGAUACGCAAAGGAUUGGGACAAAUGACAGUUUAUAAUGUACCAUUAUCUGAAGUCAGUUGUAUAAAAUUGAUGAAUAAAAACUAAAUUUGUUUUUUUAUUUUUAAAAACCGAGGUCCUAGCGACCUAGAAUUCUUCCUCCCGAGUAAAAUGAACCCAAACACUCCAUACUUAUUUCCAAGGGUUCUUUAAAAAAAUCGCGUUAAUAAUUUAUCUAAUGAUCUAUAGAUCAUUAAUCAAAAAUCGACCUACGAGCAAUCUGAUCGUGCGACACGUCAUUUUUCUCAGAAUUUUCUUCAGAUUACGAAUAUCCUAUUAAAUUUCGCCUAAGAAGAAAUUAAUCACCAUUUUCAGGCGGCUGGUGUCUGGCAUGUGUACAAGCUAAGUUUAAACAUGUACGACCCGGCUAUAAAAUGCAGCCGUAUUAACCGUAGCUUACCUUACAACGGAUCAAACUACACGGAGAUAAUGGAGAGCGUUUCGACCAUAACCAACAAAAUUUCGACAAUUGUCGCAGAAGGUAAUGUAAAUAGUCCAACAUUCAGACACCACGUGCCCCUUCUAGGAGAAGUAGACGUCGAUAAUUACGCUAUAGGUGUCGAUUACGGCAGAUAUCGUGUAAUAUGGCAGAGCAAUAACCACGGAAAUACUCAUCUUAGCACUGAGGGGACAUGGAUACUCACAAGAGAACGAGUCCAGUACCAAGACCUUGAACGAUUUAUAGACCAAUCUUUCAGAAACUGGAGACUCCAGAAGCCAGCGUUCUCUACGCCUGAUGCAAACUGUCCAUUUUAAACUAAAUAAAAAUUCUUGAAUUUUAAAAAA